AUGCAGCAAACAGGCUCCUUCCUCUCUAUCUGCAUUUUAUCCUUUUUGGCCAUAUUUUUGAGUUAUGCUAAUUCACAAGAAUUGGGGUCUGUAGCUGUUAAUGAGCCUUUACUUUUGGAGGAAUUUAUGCUACAGCAAAUGCCAAAACGUGGAGCUAUGAAGAAAGCUGAUGUUCGCGAUUUCAUUGGGUCAAUUAAUAGUGCUUCCCGGCUUCGAUAUGGCAAGAGAGCGAUUUUGGAGCCCGUGAUAAUAGCUUCUCCAUAUAAGUGA